GAAACUGUCAAUCUUAUUCUCUAGUUACAUAUUUUAGCACUACAUCCUAUUCAGAACUUUAAUUACAGAAUAAAAGAAUUUUCUUUCUUAAGCUUCCCUACUUUGUUUGAUGAGACUUUUCUUUGUCUUAGAGGCAAAUAUAAUGAUGAUAAGGAGUUGUAGUAAAUGCUUCAGAGUGUCUUUUUCUUCCCUAGAUUCAAAUUCGUUGUCGUCUUUGAAUGUGCGGUUAUGCUAGAAGUUAGUCAAAUUAAUUUUCCUUGUUGAAUUUUCAGAUCUUCGGUAUUGCCAACUUCAAGAUGAAAGUGUCUUGUGUUGAUGCGUAGCUGAAAAUUAUCAAGCUUUUGUUGUGUUGAUGAAAGUUUGAGUAGUUUUUGAUUCAUCAAGUAUUCGCUGAAAAUUAUUAGACACAGAUGAUUAAGCAUCGGCGGAUGGAGCUAGCAAAGAACUUUGUGAAUCGUGUUGAUCCUGAUAAAACUGAACAGUUGAAGAAGACUAAAAAUGAUAUUGAAACUAAUGUGACAAGGAUCUUCAAGCUUAUAAAAAGUGAAGAUCUUGACAAGAAAGAUGGGAACAGAAAAGAUGGGAACCAAAGACAUUCAAAGAAGGAUAUGGAACUUGUUGGACUCAUUGAGAAUUUCUACCAACAGUACCAGUCCCUCUAUGCAUUGUAUGAUCAUCUAAUUGGAGAGUCAGGAAGAAUAGUUCGAAAAAGAAAAGGGAGAACAGGCUCUUCUCCCUUGUCUCCCUCCAGCUCUGUCUCAGACGCUGAGUACUUUUCCUCAGACGAAAAUGACAAUAUUUAUGUCAAGCCAGAAAAUCAUGGGCAUCAGAAGAUGGCAGACAGCAGUAAUCAUGAUCUUAAAACCGAGAACUUGGGUCUGAAGCUUAUUACAUUGUCCAGAAGCUGUAGCGAAGAAGAAAAGGACGCAAUAAAUACGGAAUAUAUGUCAGCACUGAAAAAAGUAAAUGCAGAUAUUACAGAUGAAGAUGUCAAGAAUGAAGUGGAUGAUAGUGUCAAGGAACUUUCAGCUCUUGUUGAGGCGCAUGAACAUCAUGGGACUCAAUCACCAUCUAGGGUGAAAGAGUUAGAGGGCCAGCUAGCUGGCUUCAAAACUGAUUUGGAGUCAUUGUGCAGCCAGAAAAGAGAUUUGGAAGCAUGGAAAGAAGGCAAACUUGCUGAGGCUAAACAGCUAGGAGAUAAAAACAUAGGUCUCCAUGCCCGGAUUUUGGAGCUUGAGUUAGUUUUAAAAGAAAAAAAUGAUGAAAUGUCUGACCUCCAGAAGAAACUUGAAAACGAGGAAAGUUCAGCAUUAAAAGUAGCACAUUUGAUGGCAGAGAACAACAAUCUGCACUUGGAAGUUGAAUCAUUGAGCGCUCAAAAAGGGGAAAUGGAAGAAAGGAUGGCUAGCGUAGAAAAUAAAUCAUCAGCUCAAGUCAAGGGAUUUACAGAAAAGAUCAAUGUAAUGAAUCAGGAUUUAGAGACCCUGCGCUGGCAGAUAGCCGAAACAGGAAUGCAGCUGGAUAGCAAGAAUGAGGAAAUCUUGCAAGAACAGCGCAACAUAGAAACUUUGAAGGAGGAACAAAAAAGAAAAGAUGUAGCUGAAAAGAAAAUGUCUGAAGAAAGACAACGUUAUUUUAAGCAGGUGAAGGAUAUGGAAUUAGAAGUGGACUCUCUACGCAGCCACAAAAGGAAUCUGGAAAAGCUGAGAAGAAGUAAAAUGCAUGAGGCGGAUAAGCUGAAAAGGCAAAAUGCAGCUCUGCGUGCUAAGGUAGUUGACUUGGAGAAAACUUUGUCUGAGAGAGGAGAUGAGGUUUCUGCUCUUCGUAAACAAUGUGAGGAUGUAAAGAAUGAAGCUUCUACUCAACUUAUGACCUUGACUACACAAGUCAGCGGCUUGAAACAGGAGCUGGAUUCUUUGAAGCGCCAGAAGAGCCAGCUAGAAUUGCAGUGUGAGAAAGAGAACAAGGAAUGGUUGAAAAGGCUAAGCACAACAGAAAAUGAAACCGAAAAGAAAAUGCUAGAAGAAAGACAGCUGUUUCUUGAUCAGGUGAAGGACAUGGAAAAGGAAGUGGACUCUCUAUGCUGCCAAAAGACCUCUUUGGAAAACCAGAUAACACUUAAAAUCCAUGACACUGAUAUGCUGCAACGCGAAAAUGAGGGACUCAAUGCUAGAAUUUUGGAGCUGGAGAAGACAUUGACCGAGAGAGGGGACGAGGUUGAAGCUCUUCGUAGAGAAUGUGAGGAUGAACACAACGAAGCUGUUGAAGCUUCUUAUAAACUGAUGGACUUAACAACGCAGGUAAGCGAUUUGGAACAGGAGAUGGGUACCUUGCGGACCAAGAAGAGCCAGUUGGAGUUGCAAAUUGAGACAGAAAACAAAGAACAUAAGGAAAGGCAGACCGAGAUGGAAGGAAAGAUUGCUGAUCAGCAGAGAGUUAUUAAGGAACAGGAAGAUUCUAUCAAGAAGAUCACUAAGGAGUCAAACAAUGCUAAAAUGUGGUUUCCUGAAUCCAAGCUAAAUCUACAGCUUGCCGAAAGAAAGAUGGAAGAAUUGGCAAAAAAGCACCGCAUACAUUUUGAGGACACUGUCCGGCUCCUAUAUCAGAGAAUCAGGGUAGCAGAACAUAUACAAACUGAAACAAAAGAGAGCUAUCGGAGAAUGAAAGAUGAUUAUGAGAAAGAGACUAAAGAGAUCAGAGAAAAGCUUGCAUUUUACGAAAAUCCACUCAAAAAGAUGAAGGGAAUAUCCGAAACAGCAAAGAGAACACUGAACAGAUUGGAUAGGGCAGCAUCUACGUUUGAUAAGCACCACAGCAAUGUUUUGAACAACAUUUCCAGAAUGUCGGAUGAGGUUCAGCUUGCGAAAACUUGGGUUACAAGCGCAACCAGCGAGAUCAAACUGCUGAAGCAUGAGGCUGACUACCUGGCUACGCAGCUGCAUGAAAAGGAAGAACAGGAGCGUUUCUUAAGGGAGAAAGUAUGGAAGUUAGAAGCAACUGCAAGCAAGGAAGCCGGAGAGAAGCUAAACUUGAUGAACAACUUCAGCCAACUCGAGAAGCAGGUAGCGAAAAUGGAGAGGACAGUAAAGGAGAAGGAUGAAGACUUGUUGAGUCUUGGUGAGGAGAAGAGGGAGGUCAUAAGGCAGCUUUGCAUCUUGAUUGAUCAUCACCGAGUCCGCUAUGAUGAUCUUAAGCAAGUGAUAUCAAAGAGGUCUGGCAGACCUGCAGUACUGUAA